UAUUUAAACAGAGAGAGUGUGAAAGCAAGCUUGUUCAUAAGAAAAAGAACUCAAUCUCUCUCUAAAUAGAAUCUCUCCAUUGGCUUGAUUUAUGUGCAUUCGUCUCUUCCAUCAAAGCUUGCACUUUUGUUAGUGGGUUUCAAGAGAGACAAUAUUAUCAAGUAGUAAUCUUGAAAGUAAACAAAGAUUUUUGAGAGACCUUUCAUUAAGUGUUAUCUGAUGAUGAAGAGAUUAAGAAGUUCAGAUUCAGUGGGUGGUCUGAUCUCUUUAUGUCACACAUCUUCUACAGAUGAGCAGAGUCCAAGAAGAUACGGGUCGAUGCUUGAAGGUUACGAUGAGGAUGAAGAAGAAGCGAUAGCUGAGGAGAGAGGACAAACUGAGAAGAAGAGACGGUUAAGCAUUAACCAAGUCAAAGCCCUGGAGAAGAACUUCGAGUUAGAGAACAAGCUUGAGCCUGAGAGGAAAGUGAAGUUAGCUCAAGAACUUGGUCUUCAAACUCGUCAAGUAGCUGUUUGGUUCCAGAACCGCCGUGCACGGUGGAAGACAAAACAGCUUGAGAAAGAUUACGGUGUUCUUAAAACCCAGUACGAUUCUCUCCGCCAUAACUUUGAUUCCCUCCGCAGUGACAAUGAAUCUCUUCUUCAAGAGAUUAGUAAACUGAAGUCUAAGCUUAACGGAGGAGAAGAAGAAGAGGAAGAGAACAACGCCGUGGCGAUGGAGAGUGAUUUUUCCGUCAAGGAGGAAGAAGUUUCGCUGCCGGAAAAUAUCACAGAAGAACCGCCGUCGUCUCCUCCAGAGCUUCUAGAACAUUCGGAUAGUUUCAAUUACCGGAGUUUUACCGAUCUCCGGGAUCUUCUUCCAUUAAAGGCUGCGGCUUCUUCCUUCGCCGCUGCUGGAUCGUCGGACAGCGGCGACUCGAGCGCCGUGUUGAACGAGGAGAGUAGCUCCAACGUCACGGUAACUCCGACGGCGGUUCCCGGCGGUAGUUUCUUCCAGUUUGUGAAAAUGGAGCAGACGGAGGAUCACGACGACUUUCUGAGUGGAGAAGAAGCUUGCGGUUUUUUCUCCGAUGAACAGCCGCCGUCUCUACACUGGUACUCCGCCGUUGAUCACUGGACUUGAAGCUUUAAACGCCGGAAGAGAUUUUGGAUUGGAUCAAAAGUCACUGUUUUUUUUUUCUGUCGAUUCGGAGGAUAAGAUGGAUAAAGGAGAGGGCACAAUGGGAAUAAUGAAAAAAAAGAAGGUUAAAUCUGGGCGGGAAAUAAUUGAUUAGGGUGAAUUUGUGAUUAUGUUUUCUCUGGCGUUUCGUGCACUUCUUGUAAUUAAGGAUUAUGAGGAUUGAGAAAGGGGAAAAGUCAACGGAGUAACAUUGAACAUGGAAUCUUUUAAUCGAAA